CAACGGGACAUGACGAAAUAAACAUAAUUAAGUAAUGGCCUGAACACAUCACCAGAGAAGGUUGCAAGUUCAUCUUCCAGCUCCGCACCACAUUUUCACUUCCUCUUUACAGAUCGUUUUGAAAAUCUAAAUUCAUUCCAAGCUUCGUCGAUCAACAUGGCUACUACAACCACAGCAGCCCCUCCCCAAGCCGAGCUUGAUGCCGGCAUCGCCAACGGCACUGGCAUGGACGAACUCAUGGCAGAUGCUAAAAAACGUGGCCUGGAAGAAGAAAUCUCCCGUUUGACUGAUAACCACCUCGUCUACACAGAUGCUGCCGGUGGCAAGCUGUCCUUCAUUCCAAUCGAUUGGAAGAAGCCCGGUCUCAGGGUCUUGGACUCCGCAACGGCAGAUGGCAUCUGGCUUCAGGACCUUCUGAAGCAAGCGGGACCUGCCGCUGAACAGCAAACCUUCAUCGGUACUGACCUAGUUGAAGCACUUUUCCCCAAUCCUCGACCCGAUGGCAUCGAGUUCCAUAAACAGUCUAUCACCGAUGCCUGGCCUGUCGAGUGGCAUGAAUCAUUUGAUGUUGUCCAUCAGCGCCAGGUGCUGGGCUUUUGCGGCAACUUCGCUCUUGAGCAAGCUGUUGCCAAUCUCUGCGCGUUGGCUAAGCCUGGGGGCUGGGUUGAGCUUGUCGAGCUUGACUGCGACCAGAGUCUGUUGGGCGAAGGCACGGUCGCUCGCGAGUUCUUCCAGUUGCUGGAGCAGAUUUGGAUCAUCAAGAAGAUGGGCGGGAACUUUGGGCCCAAUUUGAAGGACUGGAUGGAAGCGGCCGGUCUCGAGGACGUUCAGGUCGAUGUCUUGGCAUGUAAGGUUGGUGCUAAGGCGAAGCCUGAGCUCAAAGAAGCUAGCAUCAAUGGCGCUGCUGGCGCUGGUCCUAUGAUCGUGGCUAUGGCCCGGACCCUGCCAGAGCUUCAGGGAUUUUCACCCGAACAACUCGACACGCUCGAUGCCAGAGUUCGUCAGGAGCUGUCAGAGAAGGGUUGUGAAUUCCAAAGCUUUGCUGUUAGAGGAAGGGUGCCUGCCGGAGGGUUGAAGCCCAAGUCUAAGGAAUAGAGCAGAUCCUUUAGCUCAGCUCGGCGAAUAGCAAAAACGAAGAAGUAAAGUUUCACCUAGCCACGUCAAGUUUUGUAGAUUUCGCUCUGUUAUCGCGAAUCAUGAACUAUGUAUAGGUUACUUGAGUACCUACUAGUUCAAUCUCAUGAAAUGAACAACAUAAGAUCGAUAUUACCCACAUCCAUCUUCUCUACGAC